GGAUUACUAGGUCCGGUUUUUAGCCUUCGUUCGUCUUUUCUGGUACCUUAGUGUGACCGAACGAGAAAAAGAGGCAGGCGGCAAACAAUGGCGGAUCCUUAUUGGAGAUGUGGACCAUCUGCUGAUGGAGGUUCUUCCUCUUUCCCAUUUAGCAUCCCCAUGUCAGCUGCCUUUCCUGGUUACCUAACAUCUGAACCAUCAAUGUUAACAUCCCGACCUCCUUGGGCCUCCCAUGAUCCAUUGAGCAACUCAUCCGAUUUCAUGCAGAAGGAUAAUUUGGUUUCACGGCCUGGCGCAUAUGGAUCAGAUGAUAUCGUUGGUAUUAGUGUUCGUUCUGAAUCUGGUUUUAGUGGAUACACUGGUGGAGCAAGCCUUAACGGCUAUCCAUCUACUCUGGGAGACCCAUAUCUGCUUGGAAGAAGAGAUGUAACUCUGGGCAACGGUCCUGGCAUUCCUGACCUAAUAAUAGAAAGGCCCGACUCCUUGAAGAAGGUUGAUGGGUUCCCAGUUGGAAAUAGACAAUCAAAUGUCUUGUUUGUUGAUGGGCUCCCGAGUGAUUGUUCUCGAAGAGAAGUAUCUCAUCUGUUCCGUCCUUUCUUUGGGUUCCGAGAAGUUAGGGUUGUGCACAAGGAGCCAAGACAUACGGAGGACAAGGCGAUGGUAUUGUGCUUUGUUGAGUUUCUAGACGCCAAGUGUGCUUUAACUGCUUUAGAAGCUCUUCAAGGUUACAAGUUUGACAACAAGAAACUUGAUUCCCCAGCCUUGAGGAUACACUGUGCUCAUUUUCCAUUUCGAUUGCCAUCUGAUGGCGAUGAGCAACAACUUGCAGUUCCGAGAGAACAUGUUGAUCGUGGAGACUCGAGUCUUGUGCAGAUCUGUGGUAGCACUUUUCAACAGACUGUAAAUGUUGAAAAGGUUGUGGAGAGAGAUACAGGAACUCAAAGUCAAGGGUUUGAUGACGUGAAACGAAAGAAUAGUGGAUCGUCUAAGCCAUGGAACAAAAAGCCAAAAAACAGUAGUCAAAGAAUUGAAAGGCCCGAGGUGAAGAAGAAAUCAUGUGACCGUUGUGGUAAAAACCACCCAGGCGAAUGUUGGUCUAAGAUAGGUGCAUGUUUUCGUUGUGGGGAGACUGGUCAUAAAAAGUGGAAUUGUCCUAAAAAGGAUAACUCGGGAGUCAACAAUGAGAACCCGCAGGAAUGUCAAUAAAGGGUUGGCCAAGGCCCGAGCUUUCCAGAUGACGGAAAAGGAAGCUGAGAAGGUGUCGGAUAUCAUGGCAGGUACGUUCCUCAUUAAGAACAUACUUGCACAUAUGCUGUUUGAUUGCGGUGCAAGCUGAUCUUGUGCGUCUUCUACAUUUUCCCAACUCUUGAACAUGAACUCUAAGGAGUUAAAACUAUAAUUGGGAGUGCAAAUUUCUGAUGGUAGUCAACUAGUAUUUGUGCAGUUUUUGAGAAAUGCGCCAUAGAAAUUAACAAACAUAAAAUCCAAUUGAUCUAGUACCUCUGAC